AGUGCUGCACUUCCUGCUUCUCUCCGAACCAGGAAAUAAACAAGUCAGUGGUCGGGUUUUAAUUUAACAGGCGGUGUAAGGCUACAGAGCCCUUUUAUAAAAAAAAAAAAAUAGCCAUCGAAUUAUAGCUAUUUGGACAAGUUAUCGCCUGUCACCAUGGCCGGCUUCUUCAAGAAAAAGACAGUAGAUGAUGUGAUAAAGGAGCAGACCAAAGAGCUGAGAGGAACCCAGAGACAGAUCACCAGAGACAGAACUUCCCUGGAGAAACAGGAAAAACAACUGGAGAUGGAGAUUAAGAAGAUGGCGAAGACUGGGAACAAGGAGGCGUGUACCAUCCUGGCCAAGCAGCUGAUUCAGCUGAGGAGACAGAAGAACAGAAGCUACGCCGUGGGUUCAAAGGUCACCUCCAUGUCCUCUCAGACCAAACUCAUGAACUCUCAGAUGAAGAUGGCAGGGGCCAUGGCUACCACGACCAAAACUAUGCAGGCUGUCAAUAAGAAGAUGGACCCUCAGAAGAUGCAACAGACCAUGCAGAACUUCCAGAAGGAGAACAUGAAGAUGGAGAUGUCAGAGGAGCUGAUUAACGAUACGCUGGAUGAGAUCUUUGACGCGUCUGGAGACGAGGAGGAGUCUGACAGCAUCGUUAACCAGGUUCUGGACGAGAUCGGCAUCGAGAUAUCAGGAAAGAUGGUGAACGCUCCUUCAACCAGCAGAAACAACCCCGCCUCUUCUACCUCGAAAUCAGACGGCAUCUCCGACGAAGACAUCGAACGACAGCUCAAAGCCUUGGGAGUGGACUAACACACACACA